CACGCACCUCUGGCCGAACUGGUGGCUGGCGGGCGUGGCGGGACCACCCGGCGAUACUGUCGCCGCCACCCCUUCUGUAGGGAGCGCCCGAGCCUGCCGCCGAGAGAGGCUGAACACAGCUCAGACUCGAUUGUGCUUCCUGCUUGUCAGCCUCUUGCCUCCCAAACGCAUACCAUUUCCACUUGAUGUCAUCACGCAGAAGAGGGUGAAAGGCACUCGAUGACAGAUUCAGAAAUGAACCCACCUGAGCUUGCUCGAUGCCUGUGAGCUUCCUCAUCACCUCGCGACUUUGGGAAGACUCGAAGAAGGAAGGUGCCGGAGUGGUGGCCUCUGAGAACAAGAUUCUUCCCCUUGGCCUUGACCUCCCUGCUCCCAGUUCACGAUGGAGACACUCUCCCAAGAUUCUCUGCUGGAAUGUCAGAUCUGUUUCAAUUAUUACAGCCCCCGGCGAAGGCCCAAGCUCCUGGACUGCAAGCACACCUGCUGCUCCGUGUGCCUUCAGCAGAUGAGGACCAGCCAGAAGGACGUGAGGUGCCCGUGGUGCCGGGGCAUCACCAAGCUGCCCCCGGGCCUCUCCGUGUCGCAGCUGCCUGAUGACCCUGAGGUCCUUGCCGUCAUUGCCAUCCCGCACGCCUCCGAGCACACCCCGGUCUUCAUCAAACUUCCCAGCAACGGGUGCUACAUGCUGCCCCUGCCCAUCUCCAAGGAGCGAGCGCUGCUGCCCGGAGACAUGGGCUGCCGCCUGCUGCCUGGGAGCCAGCAGAAGUCUGUCACCGUGGUGACCGUCCCUGCGGAGCAGCAGCCUCUGCAGGGCGGGCCUCCCCAGGAGGCCGUGGAGGAGGAGCCAGACAGGCGGGGUGCAGUGAAAAGCUCCACCUGGUCCGGGGUGUGCACUGUGAUCCUGGUGGCCUGUGUCCUGGUCUUCCUCCUGGGCAUCGUGCUCCACAACAUGUCUUGCAUUUCUAAGCGCUUCACUGUGAUAUCCUGUGGCUGAAGAGGGCGUCAGGGACGUCUCUUGUGGGUGCCAACCAGGGGUUGAGCAGGUGUUGGUGAUUGGACUGCGGGGAGAUGAUGGGGCAACGCUGAUCGUUUGGUGCCGAGGGCUGGCCUUUGGGCUGCCACUUGACUAAUGCAAGACAAACAUGGAGGACAGAAAUGUGGGGUCUCAAGGAGAGGCCAGGCAGAUGGCUCUGAGCAUCGGUGGCAGCAGCUCGAAGACGAUUGCAUGCAUCCUCAUAGUCACUUAUUAAAUGGAUUGUAAUUUAUGAUUUUCCAAAAUCAUGUGACAAGAUAGACCUAUUCUACAUAGACGUUAAACUGUGCAAGUGCAUACAAUGUGAUCUUCUCUAAAUGUGGUAGAUUAAAACAAAGAUGCUAUGUAUACAAGUAGAAUUAAACCUGAGAAUCCACGUACAAAUUCAGCGACAAUACACAGAGCUGGUUUGAUUCCUUUUUAAAAAUGAAACCCAGUCUUCAUUCAGUUGCCAAGGCCUUUUAUACUUUUUGAAUGGCACCCAAAUUACGACAAGUUAAGUGGACCGUCAUUUUUUGAAGGAAAUAUUUGAACAAGUGUUUCCAAUGUUUUGUGUUUUAUCACGUACCUUCAUUUUCCUUCCCUUGUAAUUAGAGCUUGAUACGUGCUUAUUAAAUUGAAAGCCCAACAGGGGAGCAGUAAACUGAGUAAUGAUGGGAAAUGCCUCAUCCCACAGGAAAACUAUAUGCCAAUUUUUCUCAAGCCAUCUCACAAAACAAGGAUUUUAAAUGUAAAUAGUGAGCAUUUGUAUGUGUGUAUGUGUAUGUGUGUAUAAUUUGAUUUGCCUCAGGUUUUGGAUCUUGUCAGGAGAAUCCCAGUAGGAGGACUUGGUGGGCAUGAGCGAGUCCAGGGUCUGAAACAGUGGCCACCUCCCGAGCGCCCAGACCCACCGGUGAGGUGUUCCAUGCUUUUCCUUUCCCACACUAGCUCCUCUUCUGUGUUGUGGUCAAGUCCUGUAUUCUGCAAGGCACAAAUGGAGAGAAGCAGAAUCUUGUCUUUUGUCCCCAGUUUGGGGGAUUAUACUGGCAGUGAGUGUUGUGAACCAAUGUCAGACCUGGGCUGGCAUUUCAGCAGACAGUCCACAGUUAUUUUUUGAAAGAAAUUAUUGUUCCAUGAGAGUUAACCCAUUCAGAAUUCCAGUUCCAUCUUGCUGUAUAAGUAAGGCAAUCUCUUGUAUUUUGACAUAUGUUUUUCUUGAGAAAAGUGGCAAGGUAAACCAACAACUUACAUUCUCAAUUUAAAUGGACCAGUUCCUCCUAAAUUCCUAAAUAUGCUUCAGUGUGUGAAGGUCUUGGGACGCUCAGGAAGAAAGAUCUGCUAGAAUUAAAUGACAAAUCGCUGUGCUUACAGCUCUUUUUUUGAUUUCUUUUUGGAAUUCCUGGAGCAAGUGCUAUGUGACAGACUCCUCGCAAAUAAAUGUUUAUGUUCCAUUGAAUCUGUGAAACUAGGGGAAAGAAAGAUAAGCAGUAACUGGUUCCAAAAAGCAAGGCUCAAGUAACCCUGUAUGAUGGAGACAAUUUAAUUUACUUACAUGCUAACUAUUACCUUCAAGCAGCACAAAAUAUGCAGAGUAAAGUGAUGGUAAUUGUGUGAGAUAAAAUGACAGUAUAAUGACCAGAAUCCAAAGCUAACACUGUUCAUUGUUGUGGAGAUUCAAUAUAAAAAUAUGAACUCGGGUUUUUCAAAUCUUUCACAUUUUUUUUCUUAAGACCUUUAGGAAAUAUAUUUGAAAGCUCAAGCUAGAAAUUAGGUUAAAAUGCCAUUUUAUUGUGUAAGCUAUUGGGUAUUAUACAACAAAUCUAGGAUUUUUUUUUUGUAUUAAUAAUUUAGGUAUCACAUUAGCUGAAUGCUGUCCUCUAUUACGUAACACAAUAUACUGUUGGGUUAGUGUCAAUUUCUCAGACUCAGCCAGGCUGCUGUACUGCAUGUCUGACCUAAUUUCUAUUCCUCUCGGGGGUGGGGGGAACCCAAACUCACAGAAAUGUUGCGUUAAGAACGCUAUAUUUCAGAUGGACUUUGCCCUCGCAAUUUUAAGCCAUGCCAUGUUCCAGUUCAUUUUGUAAAUGAUAUCUGCAUAUGUUUAUGUACAGUAAGAAAUGACCAGCCGUGUAGUGUAGUAUUUGAUAGACUUCUAUGUGUUAAGUAGGUUACAUACAGACACUAACGUGUAUGACAGUCCAGCGCCCUGUGUUUCUUAGUGUAAAAAUACUGAGUAAAAACAUUCAUGUAACUUUUAAAAACAAUCUGAUGCUAGAGUUGCAAUUAAGCAGUGCAAAAUCAGUCACCUCUGUGAUAGAAUCUUGACUUUACAACCUAGCAUAACAGUAACAACCAAAUCAGAAUUUUCUGCGUGAGUGUUACUGGCAUAAGAAAUACUGUUUGAGGGAAUUCUGCCUACAGUCACUUGCGCACCUGUUUGUUCAGGGUUUGUGUGUGUGUGUGUGUGUGUGUGUGAUGGCUCAGCCUGCCUGAUAGAAUUUUUAGAGACUUGAUGUUUUAACGGAUUCCGCAUCCCAUUGCUCUGGACUGUUCUGGCGUUAGCCCAUGGCACUAACAGCUCAUCUACCCCAGUGACCAAAGCCCAGUGACACAAUCGGCCAGAAUUCACAGUUGCACAUCAGUGAGAAAAUUUCACAACGGAAAGCACAGAAAGUCAGAGUGGAAAGCAACCUCGGGUGGCUCCAUUUUGAGGAUGGCACCAAGACCCACAGAGCGGCAGAGUCACGCGGCAGCUUGGACUUCCCCAGCGAAGGCUGACAAGCGCGGCGCUUUCCUCUCCUCCGUCCCAGGCCUCUCGAAUUCUCCGGUGGGCUCUGCGUGACUCUUUUCAGGGUGGAUGAGUGCCCUUUACGAACUCAACUCUUGCUUUCAAGUUUUUUCUUUCUUUUGUAGAUUCAUAUAUUCAUUUUUUAGUUAGCAUCUACCUCUCUGAGAGAUCAACGGAGGGUUGAUUUAGGGGUGAGUAUGGACGUUGGAAGAAAACCAUGGGAUGUGAAUUUUUAAAAAUUGCAAACCAUUGGUUCCCCUACCCUCUGCCCCUUCUGUAUAAAGGACAAUGAGUGUUGUGUAAAUAGUAAACUAUAAGAAGCAUGAAUUUUCAUCUUUAUUAAUGACCUUGACAUAAGCAAGAGAAUGCUUACUGUGUUAAAUAGAGCCAAAUAGGCUGUCACAAAGCAUUGUCUUUGGAAAAUUUCUGUACAGUGACCUGGGGCAUAAGUUGUAAUGAAAAGGCAAAUCAGUUAUCAGUUCCAGUCAUACUGUGUGAUCAGAGAGCUAUCAAGUGUUUUCUUUAAAUAUAUAAUUAAGUUCACUCUCGCACAUGACUGAAGAGCGGACCCCUUGAAGGUCAAGCUGAUGGGGGUGCAGCCGCCGGACUGCCCAGGUUGGUGCAGGUCAAUCGAACUUUUCGUGACUAUGGAAAUGUUAUAUAACCUCUGCGGUCCAACAUCAGGUGGUUGAAAUGGGGUCAGUUUGCCUAAAUAACUGGAUUUUGUGUUGUAUUAUUUUAUUUUAAGUUAUUUAAAUUUAGUGGCUCCUGCUUUGUGGCUAACACACUGGCCACAGUUCUGGAUGGUUGUGCAAUGGUGUCUAGCAUCAAAGCGUUAGGAGUAGCAGAGUCAGGCUAAGAAGACGGUUGGUGGUUUAGGAGUAACAUGCAGCUGGCUAAGAAGAAAACAAAAACAAAGAAAACCUUUCUGGGCUUAUAAAGUAUAUGAUCUCAAAUACGACAGUAAAAAUUCAUUGACUGCCCUUUGGAGUUAUUCCUUAGAUAUUUUGGGUCAAGGAAUGAUGGUGAAGCUUAAAGAGUGCUAUCGAAGCCCCGUCUUUUGGGAUGAUUAGCUGCAUGUGAAUCUGUUGUCCAAAAAUAGUAGUUAGACAGUAGUUGUAAAACCUUUGACUUGCAAGUUAUGCAUGACCUGUAACUGUGAAAAUGUGUUUAGGGUUUUGUGGCCAAAAAGUAAAUGUUAUAGAAAAAAAAAAAGCCUGAUGAAAUCCUCUUCGCCUCCCACAUCUUACCCAGACCUCGCCGCUGCGUGAGUAGGGUGUGGGGCGGGAGAGCAAGCACGGCUCACACCGCUCACGGAGCAUGUUUCUGUUUGCCCUUGAAGUCUGCCAGCCUGCCGCGGUGGUGCGGGCCUAUGUGAGCGUCAUUUUUCAUUUGCCAGACUAUAACAUAGGUACUAUUUUUAGUCACAUUUGACAUUGUUUUUAGCCUUAUUUGGUGUUUUUAAUUUUCAUUAUCACUGAAAGAACUGAAGAACUGCAGCCUGGCGCUGGUCCUUUUUUUUUUUUUUAAACAUUAAAAAGCACUGCCCCUGGAAGUUACUAAAAUUGCUUCUUAAGUGGGUAAAUGGAAGCAGAAAAAUCAGUGUGUGAUAUAUAUUCAUAGAAAGAUCAGACUCUUCCUGAGAGUGCAGCAUUUGUUCCAGUCUAAAUUUUGAUUUUAAAGAGUUCCCAUAGCUUGAUUUGAAAACCCAUGCUGUGUCAAAAUUGGUUAGUCUGCUUUUCGUUGUUUUCAAAUACAAUGUAAACCAAAUGCAUUUGCUUCAUUUAGCAGAAUUGAGUUGCUUCCUCCUCCCCGCACCAAAACUCAACGGGUGUUGUCUGUUCUUUUUUAGCUUGUUUUUAAAAAUCACUAAAAAAACUUUUAUUUUUGCCAAAAUGAUAGUUUUUCUUUAGACUACAAGGAAGUUGGAGCUCCAAAGUUAUUGGUAUGAGAGGAGUCAUCUGCAAAAGAUUUGAAUUUCUGUCUUCUCUGAGAAAAACAAUGCUGCUAACCUGUCCGCAUUUCGUUUGCACACAAGAUGAGUCAUCAGCUGCUCUGACAUCCCUGGCCUGCAAGAAAGGAGCUGCUCCCUUCCGCCCCUGCUAUUCACAGCAACACGUUACCCACCAGAUAGCCCUCGCCAAGGCAGACUCCAGAGAAGGAGGUCGCCAUGAUAAUUCUGCAGCUGUUUUGAAAAUCGUAGUCUAUUUGAAAAGGGAUGAUGAUCAGUUGUUGAAUUUCGUUAAACACGAAACACUUCUUAAAAAUAAGGGGAUAUUCAAGCCAUUGAUUUUUUUUUUCCUGACAAUUGAUUCACAUGUAGGUAUAGAUAUAUGUGUAGAUACAUGAUUUAGUAGUAAUGAGUUAAAUAAAGAUGUUAUUGGUCAUGUUUUCCAAUGUGUGGGUUAUGUGAUGCUGAACUUAGAUGUUAAUAUGUUAACAAAUUCUGUUGGCUGCACCCGUUAUGGCAAACCAUCCACCUUUGUGAAUGUGUAUAUAACUAUAAACUCUUGAGACUUUUCAAAUAUAUGAAGAGGUGGGUUCUGCAUACAUUUUCUUGGAAAGUUAUUGAUGGUUGAAGAACAUAAGCAGGUGGGGUAUUUAAUUUGUCUUCCAAAUGGCUUCCUGUUUGGCCCUGCUCAAGUGGUCAUGGGUAGAGCACCAUUUUUCCUGAGCUCUUGGAAUAUGGCUCUGGUUUUUCUAUACAAGUUUCCUUGCACAGUUGAGCCAAUGAACUUU